AUGACUUCUAGUAUACUCAAAAUUCCAUUCCGGCGGUCCCAUCCGGUCUCCCUAUCCAAGGCUCUGGGGCAGUACAUUUCUUCCAAAUAUGACCAGCACCCUGAGAUGUUUUCGGAGGACCUCCUCAUCAUCGACCGGCUCCGCAGUGAAGCUAUAAAUGUCCAGGAGCCUCAUGUGAGCGGUAUAAGUCGGCUGAUUAUAUAUGCGGCGCAGUUGAAGUGGAUUGGGGGGAAGUUCCCCAUUGAUGUCGGCGCGGACUUUUCGUGGUACCCUGCCUUUGGAUUCAACACUUUGAGGCCAGCUUCCCAAAACAAUAUUCGAUACGAGCUAGCGAAUGUACUCUUUAACCUGGCCGCACUGUAUUCCCAACUUGCCAUUUCUUUAAACACCUCCGAUUCGAACAAUCUCAAGACGGCAUGCAAAUAUUUCUGCCAGGCCGCGGGGGUUCUUUUACACUUACGAACGGAUGUUAUCCCAGAUCUCCGGGGCUCACCGCCAGAAGACAUGGACCAGAUGACUCUGCAGAGCCUAGAGGAAUUAAUGCUUGCACAAGCGCAGGAAUGCUUCUGGCAAAAGGCAGUCAAAGAUGGUUUGAAAGAUGCCUCUAUAGCGCGACUCGCUGCAAAAGUAUCAGACUUCUACGCCAACGCGGGCGAUUUCGCUGUGAAGUCGAAUGCUAUCAGCACAGAAUGGAUUCACCAUAUUACUGCUAAGCAUCACCAUUUUGCCGCAGCUGCACAGUAUCGGCAGUCGCUAGAUUGUUUGGAAAAGAGGAAAUAUGGAGAGGAAGUCGCACGAUUGCGAGAUAGCCUUGUCUGUGUUAAUGAAGCAUUGAGAGAGUCGAAAUGGAUCAACAAGGUUGUUUUAGGGGAUUUGAAUACGUUAAAGUCUCGGGUGGGUGAAGACUUGAAAAGGGCGGAACGUGAUAAUGAUAUGAUAUAUCUAAAUCCCGUGCCACCGAAAUCAGAGCUGAAACUGCUUGAGAGAGCACCGAUGGUUUCUUCAAAAGCACCAGUUGAAGUCACAAACGCGCUGUCUAUGAUUGGUGAAGAUGCUCCCCUAGGCAAACCCCUAUUCUCGAAACUGGUGCCAUAUGCAGUACAUAUCGCUGCCAGUAUCUAUGCCGACCGGCGAGAUCAACUUGUUAACCAGACAAUUGGAGAAUUGGAGUCAAUGACAUUAAGGCUUCGAGAGCUGCUUCAGUCGCUGAAUCUCCCAGGGUCUUUGCAGGCUCUUGAAAAGCCUCUAGGAUUACCUCCAGCGCUUUUAUCGCAUGCGGAAGAAAUACGACAACAAGAUGGUUUACACCGUCUUCAUCGUUCUUUGGACGACACUUCUAGGCUUAAAGCGAAUGACAACGCUAUAUAUGCUGAAGGAGUUGAACUAUUGAUGGCAGAAAAGGAAGAAGAUGAUAGAGCACGAUCGAAGUAUGGGACAGAUCGCUGGGCUAGGCUUCCCUCGGAGCAGGCCGCUGUAAAGCUGUACACGAACAUCCGCGAAAUCGAUGGUUAUCUCUCAUCCGCGAAUAACAGUGACACCCUGGUUUUCAAAAAGCUCAGCGAGUCUGAGCGUGUCUUGCGAGUUUUAACCGGGACGAGCAGGGACCUGGAAGCAUAUGUUCCUAGUAGCAAAAGAGUUGUGAUAACACCACAGGUGGAACGAGAGUCGAGGCAGCUCAGAAGCACUCUUAAUGAAGUGACCAGGCUGGAGGGUAGACGCAAACGCAAGAUUGAAGCUUUAAGAGAGAAGGCGAAAGCUGACAAAAUCCAUUCUGCCUUGGUUAAGGAGACUACUCGCCUCGAGCGAGAGUAUCCAAUGCAGGUCAUUGAGCCAGGCCAGUUUGAGGAUUUGUUUGAAGAGCAACUGCGUCUAUAUGACAGCGAUCGUGACAUGCUUACUGAGGAGCAGAAAAGCCAGACGCAACUUGAAGAUCAGCUUCGAGAAUCGAACAAAGCAUUUAUAACAGCGAGAAAAGGCGACUCGUCAACAAAAGAUAGAGAGAAAGCGCUGCAAGAUUUAGAGAAUGGAUAUCUAAAAUAUAAAGACAUAAUAUCGAAUAUCGAAGUCGGCAGGAAAUUCUAUAAUGACCUGGCUAAAAUAGUUACUCGAUUUAGGGACGAGAGCAAGAAAUUCGUUCAGCAGAGAAGAAUGGAAGCAGGUCAGCUCGAGACAGACAUCACCAACACCGCGGCCAUGGCCUCUCUCAACAUCUCACCACCCACACCAAACCCAGCUCCCGUUCAAGCCCCGCCCCUAUCGCGGCCUCAGAAUACAACCAACAACGCCCCUCCACCACUCACCGCACCGCAGCCAACCCGCAUCCCCGCCCAAGCACCUCCUCUAUCAAACUUCACCCCAGCGCCCACCCCCGCCACCCCCGCCGCGGCCGCGGUGGGCCCAGGAGCGUUUCCGAGCAUACCGCAGAGCGCGGUGUCGGGGCUCUGGGCUCCGGAAAUGGGGAUCAAGUUCGGGGCGUCAGCGCCGCAAGGCGGCGUGGAUGCGCGGAGCUCCGGUGCUGGGUUUCCGGCGCCUAGUGUGCCUGCCAGCGGCGGCGGCGGUGUUGCUGGUGAUAGUGAUGAGCAGCGGCGCCCUAUACCUGGAAAGUGGGAUCCUGUCAAUGGAUUGAGGUUUUCAUGA